UAAGACGCACCUAGUAGUGGAGUAUUGUUGUACGCGGCCAUGGCAGAGAGCAGAUUUUUUUCUGAGGACUUUACCUCGGACGGAGCGGAAGGGGGAGAGGUGUCCUGUCGCGCCGCUGGAGCCAUGAGGGAGUAGUCCGAUCAAACUCUAGCAAUUCGAAAGACGGCGUAAGAAGUCGUCUUCGUCGCACUUGUUCACUUUUUUUGUGUCAUUUUUUCCCUCGGCGGGACAUGGAAGUUGUUGAGGAACGGACGGCUGCCUGGCCGGUGCCUUUGUCGGGCGGUGGGCUGGGGAUGUAGUGCUGCCCGCGGUGUAACCUCGACGCUCAGCGCUCCGUUUAAAUCCCUGCUGAUUUCUCGGGACGUUCGAGGAGGCUUUAAGCCGGUUUCUCGGUUACUUUUAUUCCGUCCUCGCUUUCGCCCUCACUUUAACAUUGUAAGUUCAUAUGACUUUUUUAUACGUUUUUUUUUGCAUUUCAUUCCAUUGUCGAUGAGUCUCGAUAACGUUAAAUACCCGACGAUCCUGUCAGCUUUGUUUAAAAUGGCAGACGACAGUGAGCUGAUGGGAGCCUCCGAGUUCAUAAAAGAUCGCCUGUAUUUUGCGACGUUACGGAGCAAGCCGAAGAGUACAGCGAACACGCACUAUUUCUGCACUGAUGAAGAGUUCGUGUAUGAAAACUUUUAUGCAGAUUUUGGACCUCUCAAUUUGGCGAUGCUGUACAGGUACUGCUGUAAACUCAACAAGAAACUAAAGCAGACAAGGUGUAGUUCUGUGGUAUGUACAUGUAUACAAAUGUUGAAGUCCUUCACUUUGACCAGAAAGAGGAUUGUUCACUACACCAGCUUUGAUCAGCGGAAGAGGGCUAAUGCUGCUGUUUUAAUCGGUGCCUAUGCUGUCCUCUACCUGAAGAAGACCCCCGAGGAGGCCUACAGGGCGCUCGUCUCUGGGUUCAAUGCGCCAUACCUACCAUUCAGGGACGCCUCUUUUGGGAAUUGCACAUACAGCCUGACCAUUCUCGACUGUUUGCAAGGUAUCCACAAGGCCCUUCAACAUGGAUUUUUUGACUUCGAGACGUUUGAUGUGGACGAAUAUGAGCAUUAUGAGCGUGUAGAGAAUGGCGACUUCAACUGGAUAAUUCCGGGGAAGUUGCUGGCCUUCAGUGGACCGCACCCCAAGACCAAAAUAGAGAACGGCUACCCUCUCCAUGCCCCUGAAGCCUACUUCCCCUACUUCCGGAAGCACAACGUGAUGACGGUGGUGCGUCUCAAUAAGAAGAUCUACGAUUCCCGGCGCUUCACUGACGCCGGCUUUGACCACUAUGACCUGUUCUUCGCCGAUGGCAGCACGCCUAGUGACGCCAUCACCCAGCGCUUCCUGCAUAUAUGCGAGAGCACCAACGGUGCCGUCGCAGUCCACUGCAAGGCUGGCCUGGGCCGCACUGGGACGCUGAUCGGCUGCUACCUAAUGAAGCACCACGGCUUCACAGCUGCCGAGGCCAUCGCCUGGAUCCGCGUUUGCCGACCGGGGUCCAUCAUCGGGCCCCAGCAGCACUUCCUGGAGGAGAAGCAGGCCAGCCUGUGGAUGCAAGGCGACACCCAGCGGUCCGAGCAGAAGCAGCAGCGGCCGCUGCCCGGGGACCGCGGCGUCACGCAUCUGAUCUCCAACCUGGACAACCUGACCCUCGCCACAUCCAUCUUCAAGUCGCAGGGCGCGGAGGAGGAGGACGAGAACAGCAGUGGCCUGACGCAAGGUGACAAGCUCCGUGCUCUGAAGGGGAGGAGGCAGCCACGGGCAGUCACAACAGGGGCACUCAGGUUGGAGGACAUGAAAUCGCACUCCAGGUCUGCAUCCCAGCCCUUCAGGAUGACCCCCGUUGUGGGUGUUCAGGGCUUGGGGUCUCCUCUGAAGGUGUCCAAGGCCCCCCCCUCAGCAUCCCCCUCUGCCAAGAGGAUCAGCCACACCUCCUCCACUUCGGCCUCCAACCUCAAGAGCUUCUCCAUAAACUCCAGAUUAGCCAGCUCCUUAGGCAACCUGUAUGCCGUGGAUGACGACGCGAAAGCCCCCGGCCGGCCGGCCGCCCCUCCGCCCCCGCCUCGGACGGGUCCUGGCUAUGCCAAUGGCAGCCCGCUCGUGUCUCCUGCCCGAAAUCAACUCUUUGAAGUCAACAACAACAAUCAGUAUAACUGUACCACCUCCCCCGGCUCCCUGGCCUCCGUGGGCCUGGGCAGAAGCAGCAAAGGGCCAGCCUUCAACCGCAACCACGGUAAUGUGGCAGGACGCCCGCCCAGGCUCGGGCCAGACGAGCUAGGCCUCUACAGAUCAGCACCGCUGUCUGGGCUCGGCGCCCCCUCGGCCCGAUAUCUCAGCCGCUCCAUCCCCUCCCUUCAGUCUGAAUAUGUUCAGUACUAAGGCGGCGACGUUGCACUGAGGAGCAGGGAGCCAGCCCCCCACCCUGCCACGCCGGGCCACCAAGCAGCCCCCUUUCCUCCCUCUCGCCCCUGCUGUCCCAAACAGGAUAAAGGGAAACUGGCCUGUGCACCCAGCACUUCUCUGGGUCAGACUCGUCGUUUUUGACCUGCUGUAUGUAGUUUGCCCAUGUCACAGGGACCUGGCAGUCCGGAGAGGACUGGAUGAGUCCACUCCUUCAUGGAACAAAGAGUUCUUCCCUUUGACCUCUGGACUUUAACAGGAUAAUUAUUUGGGACUUGAAGUCUCCACUUAAUUAGCUCUGAACAUGUCCUGUUCUACCUGCUUAAGCAGGUAGUUGUGUGCAUGUGUGUGCGUGCACGUACAGGUACCCGCUCUCCAAGCUAGCACUCUUGGUUAUGAGAGUAACAGCAGCCCUCGUACUGCUGACGUAUCUAUGAACUUUUGAUAGGGGAUCUUUUUUUAUGAUUUUUUUUGUCUACAGAUUUUAAGAUUGGAUAACACGAACAUGUGUUCAUAUAUAUAAUGAAUUGUAUCAUGGUUUCAUGAAAUCUUCUGGUUUUUAAACUUGUUCUAGGUGUACUUUAUAUAGACAAUUUUAUUGAUGUUUCAAAGGGCUUACUUUCCAUGGGAGGGGGGCUUUAUAAUUACUGAAGUAUUUACUGUGCCUGUGGAAGCCAGUUUUAAUACACUAAUAUUUCUCGUUUCACUUGGGGGGAGGGAGGGGGACAGUGACUGAUUGCAGAACAAAGGCUGACCGGUUGUCUCAGACAGUUUCAUUUCACCAAGUUUCGUUUUCAACCUAGUUGGGGAAAUGAUUUGCCCAUUCAGCCCUGGACGCUGUGAGAGGUGUAGCUUAAUACCUUUGUACUGCAGUAACUGUGAGUCUCUGUUUAGUCUACUGUUAAAGAUGAUUCACUCCAGUCUAUUUAAAUUUGUGAAGAGUUCUAUGUAACAUCUUCGAUGGGGAAAGGAAAUACUUAUCUACUUGCAGUUGUCUUUAAAUGAUAGCCUUUGGUGAGAGGCUUCACUGAAAAGACAGUCUGUCUUGUUCAGGAUGUUGGAUGGUAUAAUUUCCUGCUUCUGAAAAUCUCUCCUCUGGCAGUUUUCCCUCUGUCCACCCAAAUUGAGAUGCUAUAAAUUUAAAAUUCUAUUUUGUGUGGUGUUUUCUCCCAUAUUUGUCUUUAACAACAUUCGAUAGUGUUUCUGAACGGUAAUGACAUGCUUUCUAGGAUAGUGUAUUUGUCUUCUGCAUAAUUUUAAAACAGAGCGAACAACGAAUUUAAAAAACAAAUUACUUUGGUAACGAAGUAUAAAUGUAGAGGACAAGCACUUCGUGCCCUGAGUAUGAAUAUAAAAUCUAAAUGGCACCUUUUAGUUUUAUGGAUUAAACGCAUCAGAUGGCCACACGGGGAUCUGUGUUUACAUCACAAUAAAACCCCUUAUAUCGGUGCAUCAAAGGACAAGUCAUACCAAGUGCUGGGGAAGCGAGAUGUCCGAAGAGCUUUCUGGAAAGACAAAGAAAGGGCUGCUGACUUUUUCAUUUUCCCUUGAUUUUUAAACAUUUUUCUCUCCAGACUACAGGCUCACAUGCACUCCUAUCGACAUGGUUCUUGUAAAUCUCAUUUGAUUGUGCUGUUCUUAUUGUAUCUUUGUGAUGCUUCCAUAUUGUACAGUGACAGAUACUGUAGGGCAGCAUUGCAGUCUUUGAUGUGUGAUACUGUGUUAUAUUCUGUUAUGGCAGAAUAUGCUGUUAUGGCUCUGCUCUCCGUCUUGAAAUGGCCGGAUCAAACGGUUUACUUAGCCGAGUGUUAAAUGCCUUCCCAGCCUCUCUCCCCAUGUACUUUGACUGUUUGUCUUGUUUAAGAUCUGACUUGUGGAUCCCUUCAUUUGCACUGAAUCCCUCAGUGUUUCACUGUUCAUUCCACGCAGGCUAGUGCUUUUCUUUCAUGAACUUUGGGAGAAUCUUAUUGCUGCAGUUCUUCUACCUCCUUACAGAAAGCACCUGUAAAAUAUAAUAUUGCAUAUAUUUUUUCACGCAGCGUGUAGAGAGAAGAUAUUCUAGAGCAGUAUUCCUUUCUACUUAUGCAAAAUAUACUGUAAACAUAGAUGUUUGUAUUUACUGUAUGGAAAACUAAUACAAUAUAUACAGAGUGCAAAUGAAAUGUAAAAAUAAAUUACAUUGUUUACAUUGAA